AAGAAGGCAGAAAACAUCAACUGAUCAAGAUUAUCGGCUUAUGUACUGUUAAGUCUUUCAUAUGUCGUUCAGAAGAUAUCUCUGAUUGCAACUAAUGGAUUGAAAUGUAAAAUAAAGUACGAAUCUGUUCACUUCUCUUUGGGGAAAAAAAAUGUCAUCUUUAACUGAAGAACAGAAGAGACGAAUCGAGGAAAAUAAAAGGAGAGCAUUGGCUAAAAGGGCAGAAAAGCGAAGUCCAGUAAAAUGCAGUCUUCAAGAUCAGAAACAGCGAAUAGAGGAAAAUAGACAGAGAGCCCUUGCGCUCCGAGCUGAUAAACACAGCCCAGUGAAAGAUUGUCAAUCUACAAUGGUGAACAGUUUGGCAGCAAAUGAAACACAUAAUACUAAGUCCCAGAUGACUAGCUCAUCUAGUAUGUUCUAUAAUAAACAAACGUGUGUCCCUAAUUCUGUAAAGCAGAGAUUAGCUGACUCAUACAAUGAACCGAUUGCUAUUGGACAAAAUAAAAACACUGCGAAAGGCGGCAUUUCAUGUUAUAGUCACUCAAGAUCUAAUAACAUAGGUGACUCAAAUAACAACAAGGCUAAUGCGUUAAAUGCAGGACUAACAGAUAAAUUCAAGACACAGGCAAAUCGAUCAAAAUUUAAUAAACCAGUGUCGCAGGGGUCGAGCCAAGAUUCGGAGGCAAAGUUAGCUAAGAUGGCAGAUUCCGUAGCUUCUUCUGGAGGCUCCACACAGACAACUCUUGUGGGAGGAACAACAGCCAAAUGUCUUCUGAUCUCCAGGGAGAGGUUUGAAGUCACUGCAGGAUAUUACCCACCCCUCAUUGAGUUGUUUAAAACUAUGGCGACCAAAAAAUAUGAUGCUGUUACCAAAAAAUGGUCAUUCAAGUUGGAGGAUUACCAUAAGCUUGUGACAGGGAUGAGGGCAAUGAGUCCACAGGUCAGACUGGUGACACUCCCUCAGGCAAUUCUGUCCACUUUCCAGCAACAACUUAACGGCAUCUAUCCUGACAGAGAAAUUCCAUCUGCAAAUCUGAACAAUCUGGAUCACAGUCUCGUCAACUCUUUACUGCCAUUCCAAAGAGAAGGCGUUAAUUUUGGAGUCCACAAGCAAGGUCGAGUCCUGAUAGCUGAUGACAUGGGUUUGGGGAAGACCAUCCAGGCAAUCUGUUUGGCCUGUUACUAUAAGAACGAGUGGCCCCUUCUGGUGGUGGUUCCCUCCUCGGUCCGAUUUGACUGGGCUCAGCAACUAGAGCGCUGGGUACCCAGUCUAGACCCACAGGAAGUAUAUGUUGCCAUGACAGGAAAAUGUAGCCUAUCAGGUCACAAGGUCUGCAUCCUUAGUUACGAACUCAUGGCCAAGAAAGCUAAGGAACUCUUGGAGAAGAACUUCAAUGUCGUCAUCAUGGAUGAAUGUCACUUGUUGAAGAAUUUCAAAACAGCAAGAUGUAAAGCAGCCAUGCCCAUUCUUAAGGCUUCUAAACGUGUGAUUCUCUUGAGUGGAACUCCCGCACUAUCUCGGCCCCAGGAACUUUACACCCAGAUCUGUGCAGUUAAGCCCUACAUGUUUCAGUACCAGGAUUUUGGGGUCCGUUACUGUGAUGGGAAAAAGAACCCCUGGGGCUGGGAUUUCUCAGGAUCAUCUAACAUGGAGGAGCUACAGAUUCUGUUGGAGGAGAGCAUUAUGAUCAGGAGGUUGAAGAAAGAUGUCUUGACCCAGUUGCCAGACAAAGUGAGACAGAUGGUCUUAUUAGACCCAGGGUCUGUAAAGACAACCAAACAAAUGGAGCAACAAAGCAAAACCAUGGAACUCAAGUCUCUCAAAGGAAUGGAAAGAAGAGGUGCUCUUUUGGAAUACUUCCAUCAUACAGGGGCAGCCAAAAUUAAAGCCAUCAAAGACUAUGUCCUGGACUUGUUGGACUCAGACAAGAAGUUUCUGAUUUUUGCCCAUCACCAGGAAGUCUUGGAUGCCAUAGAAACUGCUGUCCAAUCAAAGAUUGAAAAAGGUUACAUAAGAAUUGAUGGGAAAACCACGGCAGAACAGAGGAACUUUUUCUGCAAGAAAUUUCAGACAAAUGACUCGAUUCGAGUGGCCAUACUUUCUAUCUGUGCUGCCAAUGCUGGGUUGAAUCUGUCCGCAGCCAGUCUGGUGGUGUUUGGAGAACUCUUCUGGAACCCUGGGAUUUUGGUUCAGGCAGAGGACCGAGCACACAGGAUGGGGCAGAGAGACAUGGUCAAUGUCCACUACCUGGUAGCAAGGGGAACAGCUGAUGACCACGUCUGGCCACUCGUUCAGAAGAAAUUGGAGGUAUUGAGCAAGGCAGGUCUGAGUAAGGAAGACUUUUCCGCAGCGGACACCAAGACUGUUAAGGAUUCCAAACAGACAGAUUUGAUGCAGUUCUUUGAGGAAAGUUUUAUGGAGGAGAGUAUACUGGAAACAUCACUUGAUGAGGACAACCAGUCAAAUACUGCAGAGGAAAUUUCAUCCAAUAAAAAUCCAGAGGCUGAUCAAAGACUAACCAAUCAGAAUUCAGGAGCUUCUAAAUUGUCUGUUAAACCAGUGAAACCCAAAACAGAGCAGUCCUUAUUUAACUACUUUGGUGCUAAAAAAGACAACUCAGAAUCCAAAUCAGGGGGCUGUUGUGUUUCUAAGGACUCUGUGAUGGACAAUAUUGAUGACGAUCUCUUGUUUGAUGAUGAUGAAUGGCUAGAAGAUAUGGAUGAGCCAAAAACUAAGAAAUUAAAGUGCUGACAUUUGUAGCUGUUGUAAAUAAAAGUUAUUGCAUGUCA